AUGUCUUUUCGACAGUCCCGAGCACUGGCAUCUUGCGGACGCAACCGCUCUCAGUCUGGUGAUUUCCUGGUUCUCAGACUCGGCAAACAGGGCAUUCACAACGUUGAAAACCUGCUGCAUGACAGCAUCCUGUCGCAUGUCGUCAUUGCCCUUGAGCAGUUGCACAUACACUCUUCCGUCGGAACCGCGACACAGGAUCUUUUUUGGGGCAUUGAUGCCCCCGACAAAGGCAAACGAACCCUCGUAACGGGCAACAGUAGGAACAUCCCGGGUACUCAAACGCUUGCGAGACCGGCUCACAGGGAUGUGGUUCGGUUUCCUGAAGUGCGAAUGAUCCCUGGUAUCGUCGCGGAACCAACUGAGGAAUUUAUUCCGAGUCAGAAGGCAAUAUUUGAAAGCCAGGCUCUUGUUCCUUGGGCAACAUUUUUGAGGAAGUUUUACAAUAAACGUGGAAGGAUGAGAACCGCGUUUCCCGUUUUCCUUCUGCCGAUCAUCAUUGGCCUCGAAUUGAGCUUCGUUCGACAAAUAUCUGCAGACAGUCGAACGAGGUCAGCCGUUGGAAACUGGCAGGAGACAGCAGAGAGAACCCGUUUCCAACGGGAUUCCUUCCGCGAACACCAAGACCAAGUUCGUCAAUCGGAGUUCAGGAGAAUGACAGAAGGUUCUACUCGCAGGAUGGCUCGAGACAUUCAGGGUAACACUGAUGAUCACAACGAUCAACGCCGUUCUUGGGAAAGAGACAACCGUUUCACCAAAGAAACAAAUGCUCGCAGGGAAAUAUCAAGAUCCAGUCGAGACGCAGACCACGGAUCAGUCAGCAGAAACGACAUGCGCGAUCGCACAGAGGUCCAGCGACCAACAACUGCAGCAGGGACCAAUGCCAAGCGUGCAGACAAUCGACGGGAUCGCCAAGAUUAUUUUAUUUCCCAGCGACGCUCGUCUUCCCUUUCCAAAUUGAACGAGAGAUUCGACGAGAAUCGGGCUCGAGAAAAAAUGGAGCCCACUUCCCAGCGUUUGAGUUCGGAAAACGACAAAAGAUUUGAAGCUGAUCGACAGGUCAGACGACAAGUCGAACGUACUGACGAUCGACGACGGCAAGAUUUACAAACUGAGCGUGCUGGAAAUCGUCGAGAAGAUGAGAGGCUCGAGAGAGGCAUCAUCGGAAAUAGAAGAGCAACAACGAGUCAACGACUGAAUCGCCGAGAUCAGUCCGAAACACGAGCUGAAAUCCGAAUGAGGAAUGAAAGAUCCGACAUCAACAACAGGCGUGAACGAAGCGUGGGACGAAGGGAAACGUCUCGAAACACACGAGAACGCGAAGUGAUCGCAGAUCGCAGAGAUACAGAAAAUCGACGCGAGCGUUCAAAUGAAAGCAGCUCCAGACGAAUUUCACAAGAAAAUCAACAACGGGAACGAACCGAUCGUCGGGAGAUGAGUGGUGAACGCAGCUCAGAAAACCGCAGGGAAACUAGUUCACGGGACCUUCUGGCUCUGGAAAGACGUGAAAUCAACACUGAACGCAGGGAAAUCGACUCUACCCGCAGGGAAAUCAACACUGAACGCAGGGAAAUCGACUCUCAACGCAGGGAAAUCAACAAUGAACGCAGGGAACGUGAAAUAGACAUUGCCCGUGAGAGGGAAGUCGUUCGCUUUUCGGCGACUCGUGAAACAACGCGAAGGGUUUCUGAAAGAGAUCAAAGCACUCGUCGAAGCGUCGAGAGGAUGAAUCGCGCCAGGGAAGAAGACCGACGAUCGCAAGUUCGUCGCGAAAAUCGUGAAAUCAGAGAAAACGACCGAAUGGAAGAGGACCGAAUGUCAUCAAGGGGACGCAUUCAUGAAAGGGAACGGGAAACCCGCUCAACCCGAGACGAACCACGAAGAGAAAGAAACUCUCGCAAAACCAGCGAAUCUUCUAUUCGACGAAUGGAUUCACGAGGACGAAGUCUCGAGCGGAAGGAACGCGUAGUCGACGUCGCUGAACAACGCCGAGAGGAACACCGAACAAACACACAACUUUUCAGAGAUGAAACGACCCGAGGUGAGGAAAAGGCUCGCACAAAUUCCUACGUCAACUUUUCCGUGACUGACAAAACAGGUCACAGGAUCGUACCGGAAUCGAAUGAACAACGAUCCCGUGUCCGACUUAGCCAAUUGCAUCGCGCAGAUUUUAUGCCAGAAGUACGAGAAACGUCAGUGAUUGAGAUCGACAAUUCCAAGACUGAGAGAAUCGCGGAAAAGGAGAGGAUUCAAACUUCACGACUCAUGGACCUCUUACAUCACUGGGGGAACCACGGCGAUUUGUGGUCUCGUGAUGAUUCUCCUAAACGAGGCACCUGGACGAAAAGGAAAACUCAUCGCUGGAAUCUAAAUGGAACAACAAGGGAAACGAAAACGGAUUCUGGAUUUUUCGCGACAAACAUUGCAGAGCUGAAAGAAGAAAAAAAAAACCCUGAUCGACUCACCAAGCAAACUUCUCAGCUGGCCAGCGAAUGUGUCGAGGCCGUCGGAGCCGGCGCUCAAUUGCGCGGCCAAUUGCGGCAACAACGGCAGGAACUUGUACGUCGGCAGCUUUUGUAUAAUCUUCCCAGCUUCUGCCAAACAAUUUGCUUCGCCCUUCGCAGACAGCCAAAGAGCAACGAAGCGGAAAAUCCUCAGGUCGUGUUUGCCAUCCACGGCUCGAAGCAUGGCCUGCCCAUAGCUCCGCAAUGCCGUGGCCGUUACGAGAUUAAUUUCCGCAGAAAUCUGGUUGCACCCGACUUCGUCAAUCACGGCCACUUUUUCCAAAUGCGAUCUGACGAAGUGGCUCUGUUGACUGAGUUGCACAUAUCUCGACUUCAUCGUUUUUACGGUCUCUUUCAGCUCGCGGACCCGUCUGAUUUUGGCCUGGAAUGCAAAUCGGAAAUAUUUAAUCCAACAGAUCCUUACGAGAAUACGUCACACAUUUGCAAUAAGUACCUCGAGCAGUUUUCCUUCGAAGGCCAGUUUUUCCAACGCAACCGACUUCCCACAAUGCUUGGACACCAUGGUCAGGGCCUGAAGCGCCAUUCCUCCCCAACGAGCUGA